UUAAGAAUUGAAUGUGAAGAGGAAUAAUUUACAUUAAGGUAAAUAAACUCUCACACCUAGUUAUAAAUAGUUAUUUUUAGAAAAUGUGAAAACCUUCAUAAUCUUUGUGUAUACUUAAAAACUAAGAAUUGCAUUUUUUUUUUUUUUUUUUUAAAUCAAUAGAUGUUUUCGGUUGUUCACUUUCAAGCUACGAACGAGGUUGAAGUUGUAAGCUCUGCUUGGCUUGUUGAAGAAGGUUGCUGUGCAUGGCCGCCAUUUAAGCACACCAAACUGAAAAAAGCCCUCCUAUCUGCACAAACACCUGAUAAAGAUUGGGAAAUGCAUUCCAUCAAGCUAAUGGGCCAAUAUGACACCUUUGAAAUAGCAAAAAGAAAAUGUGUUAUGUCAGAGGAGAAGUCAAGUUUGGAAAGCGAGCGCUCCGAGGAUGAGAAAAGAUCGAGAAAAAGAAGAAAGCAAGUUGUUCUUUCUUCUGAUUCUGAUGAGGAAAGUUCUUCCCUGCCAUUACCUUCUAGACUUAAAAAGCCAUUUUACACCAACAAAGGCUUUAGUCCUUCUCUAAUUUCUGGGCCUAACACAAGCCAUGCUGUUUUGCAUCAAAUUAAUGAGCCUGCUGAUUUUACAAGUUUCUCUGGGGGUUCAAGCCGUGCUGUACUUCAGCAAGUAAAUGAGUCUGCUGAUGUUUCGUGGUAUCAGCAAAGCCCCAGAUCUCAUGCAUCAUCUGACUCAUUAAGCCUUCACACAUUGACAGAUCAUCCCAUGAGGAUUGUGUCAGAUGAGCCAACCAGUACUGAAAAGCGUUUAUUACAGAUGCUUCUGACUGUGCAGUCAACACUGACAGAAAUUGUCUCACUUCUCAAUAAUUUGGUUAGGAAGGAAAGUGUGCCAGUUAAUGAUCUGGAAGUUUUCCCUAACUUGCCAUUGCAAACCCUCUCAUCAUUGAAGGAGUUUGAUCAAUCCUUAAGUUUUGAAGAGACUUUUGUUAAAGCAGUUAGACAUCUAGCUCAUCGUGGGGGCCACAAUAUCAAGACAACAACCAGGAACAUUUUGCAGUGCCUUCUCACCGAUGAAGUUGCAGCCCUAUUUAAUUGGGCCGGACGGGGAAAUAAAGAGGAAUUUAAAAAACUAAAAAUGAGCAACCUUAUUUUAUUUGCUGUUCGAGAAAAUAUUAACACUAAAAAUGCUGUAGCCAAGGAAGUGGAAGAUUAUGUAAAGGAGUGGCUGAAAUAUGCCCCUGUUAGGAUAGCCAGAGGAAGAUCAUCAAAGAAUUUAUUAUGAAUCAAUUAUGUAUAUUGUGAUUGAAAUUAAAAAAAAAAUCUUUUUAAUAUAAAUUUUUUGUAUCUGUUUUGGAAAGCUUAGAAGUUAUUUCAGAUAUCAUAAAAAAAUAAGUAAAUAAAUGAAAAACUGGUAACAGUACAAAUGGUAAAGCUGCAUAAAUAUAAUUCACUUUAAAUGUUAAAUUGUAUCAAUAUUCUUUCAUAGAACUGUUUUGGGUUUUACAUAUUAUGUAUGCUUUUUUUUUCUUAU